UCGACUUUGGUCGACCCCCCUCCCCCAACAUAGCCUUUCGUCGUCCGUUUUGUUUCCGACCUGAAGCCUCUGUUUCCUCCUCGUCUCUCAUCCUCCCCGCAAUGUCUCCUCCCUCUCCCUCCACCAAAGAAGAAAUAGAGGAAGAAGAAGAAGAAGAAGAAGAAGAAGAAGAACCAAAAGAGGAGGAAGAAGAAGAAGAAGAAGAAGAACCAAAAGAGGAGGAAGAAGAAGAAGAAGAAGAAGAAGAAGAAGAAGAAGAAGAAGAAGAAGAACCAAAAGAGGAGGAAGAAGAAGAAGAAGAAGUAAAAGAAGAAGAAGCAAAAGAGGGCGAAGAACCAGAAGAGGAGGAAGAGACCCGUCGGGAAACCACGGGCGUCCCCUCCUCUUCCACCUUGGUAGAAUCGGUGAACAGUCUCUGCGCCCUUAGCGGCGCCCUCUCCGAAUUCACCCGCCAAUGGCGCGACCUCCAAAGCACCCUCGACUUCAUCCUAGCCUCCAUCGACGCUCGCUCCAAGCACCUCGACGCCGCACCCGCAACAACCGAUAAUCCACUCCCAAAGGCACCCAAGCCCGAUCCCGACCCGGUCCUCGCGGAGCUCCACGCCCUGUGCGAGGGCAUGCGCGGCCACGCGCUCCGCAAGUUCGUGGCGUCCCGGCUCUCCGAGCUCGGGUGGCUCCGCCGCGAGGUACCCGCCGCGCUUCCCCGCGCCCGCGACCCCGCCGCGCUCGUGUUCUACGCCAUGGGCCACUUCUACCGCGAGAGCAGCAAGGCCUUCGUCCGCCCCUCUAAGCUCGUCGACUCCCGCCGCGCCUGCAUCCUCCUCCUCGAGUUCUACGUCCUCUCCGGAUGCCUCCCUGCCUCCGCCGCCGUCGACCCCGCCGUCCGGAAGGUCGCCGUGGGCGCCGCCCUCACGUGGCGCGACCGCCUCGUCAAGGAAGGCGGCGGUGUCCACGCUGCCGGCCCCGUGGAUGCGCUCGGGCUCACACUAUUCGUUGGGUGCUUCGGCAUCCCCCACGAGUUUAGUUCCAAGGAGAUGUGUGACCUGCUGAGAUUGAGUAAACUCGAGAAGAAAGCUCAUGUCUUGCGCCAGUCCCCGAUCCUACUCAGCAAGCUGCCCGGUAUAAUUAAAGAUUUGAUACGUCAAGAGUCGUUUGUCGAAGCUGUUGAGCUUAUUUGUGCUUUCGAGCUUAAGGGCAAAUUUCUACCCAUGCCUUUGUUGUCUUCAUUUUUACUGAGACUUAAACAAAAUGGAGAGAAGGAACAGGGGGGGCAAUCUUCGAUAAGUUCAUUGAAAAGUUCUGGCGAAAGGGAGUUAGCCGCUUUAAAAUCAGUGGCCAGAUGCCUGGAGGAGUACAAGCUCGAUCCCUCCGAGCUAGCUGAUUUCCAUAUCAAUGAGAGGAUCGCCAGAUUAGAAAAAGACAUUGCAGAAGCUGAGCAGAAACUGCAGCAGAGGAGCUUAAAGAGAAAGGUGGGGGAGGUGGCGGGUCCCUCUGAAAAUCCUGGAGGGAAACGCCCAUGGCCGGCUGCUGCCGUAUCAUCGCCUCGUGUUGCACCUGAACUGAUCAGACAACUGCACGAUCAGAAAAUAGCUUAUACAGCGCACAGCAGCUUGAUGGGGCAUCCGCCUUCAGGAGGAGCAAGCUGGUUGCAAGUCAGCCCAUUGCAAGCUGGAAGGCCAAAUUUUUACUUGCAGGGAGGCCCACAAGCUUCAUCCCUGGCUGACGGAAGCAGAAAUGGAAGUGGGAGCUCAGCCGCUGACCUCUACAAGUUUGCAGAUGCUGUUUUGGAGCGUGAAUCGCGUUAUGGCAACUCUGGUGCUAGCUAUGCUGCACCUAGACCUAGCUAUUUUCCAUCUCUCAACAGUUGAGUUGCAAUAUUUUAUUUUCCUUUUCUCUUUUUCGGAUGUAGGGUGGAAUCGAACUUGGUUUUAGGUUCUUCUAUAUGGAAAGCAAUGUGCUGUACAUGAGAAAUACUGUUUCGCUGAUUAAGUUGUAUAUACAUAUCGUACUCUGUUCCUGAAGGUCAAGAUUGACCUACCUGCACAAUUGCUGUGCCUCCUUUUCACUUCAUCAUCGACUGCUGAUUUAAGAUAAUGUAAGAAGCCUUUGGCA